CUCUAUUGUGAUUUAUGCCUUGGAUAAGACUGCUGAUUUCUCAUAGAACAACUUCUCUAGCAAGUCACGAACUGGUUCCCAAAUACUUGUCACAACAGUGGAAUAAAGCUUCAGGACGGGGUGAAGUGGGGAAACUAAGGAUUGCCAAAAAUCAAGGAAGAACAGAAGUGUCAUUUACUUUGAAUGAAGAGCUUGCAAGCAUCAAUGAUAUUGGAGGAAAACCCGCUUCAGUCAGUGCACCAAGGGAACAUCCAUUUCUUUUGCAAAGCGUGGGAGGACAAACCUUAACAGUGUUCACAGAAAGCUCAAUAGAAAGCCAACCAGAAGAAAAAUCUGAAAGCAGCGGUGCUGAUAAGCUUUCCCUGGAAGGAAUAGUGGUACAACGUGCUGAAUGCAGACCUGCAGCUAGUGAAAAUUAUAUGAAACUGAAAAGGCUACAGAUAGAAGAAUCUUCAAAACCUGUAAGGCUAUCACAGCAGCUGGACAAAGCUGUAACCACCAACUAUAAACCUGUGGCUAAUCAUCAAUAUAACAUUGAAUAUGAAAAGAAAAAGAAAGAAGAUGGAAAACGGGCUCGAGCUGAUAAGCAGCAAGUGUUGGACAUGCUUUUUUCAGCCUUUGAGAAACAUCAGUAUUACAACAUUAAAGACCUGGUGGACAUAACCAAACAGCCGGUGAUAUACUUGAAAGAAAUUUUAAGAGAAAUAGGCAUCUACAACGUCAAGGGGACCCACAAAAACACAUGGGAGCUGAAGCCAGAAUACAGACAUUAUCAAGGAGAAGAUAAGAGCGAUUAACAAAACUGUUUUUGAAGCAAAAGAGAACUAUAGAUUAGAGUGAUUGCACUGAGGGAACCGCUGUGGGUUUACAGACAGGACUGAGCGCAGCUCAAUUCUACAAGAUUAAAUUUAAAUUAAAACAACUGAUACUUUGUAAUUUUCCUUAGCUUCAUGUUUUUCAAAGGAAUAUUUCUUGUAAGUUUCUAUAAGUGUUUGUCUCUGGACAAAAUAUAUUUAUAGAAUAAACUGGUAUUAGAUUUAUCUUUAUUAGAAAUCUUCUGAGUUCUGAUUUUCCUUUUUUAUUAAUGGCUUUGUGGUUUUUCUAAGCCUUGAUAACUUUGAAGGAGAACAUGUCCUAGCAGAUGCCAUGACUUUGUGCUUUUGCAUUCCAGUAGUACCAAGUUAAUACGCUCACUGCUGCUGUGACCUUUAAGGGCUCGAUCUGGAAGGCUGCAAAGAUGCACAAUCCUGUGUACGUUGCUUGGGAGUUGCGGACAUUAUGCUCCUUUGCAGAUCGGGCUUUAGGAAAAAUAGCCACCGCCACGGUGCUCAUCGCAGUCUGCAGACUUCAUGGGAACAAAUGAACAGGAAAAAAAAACCCAAACGCAAAGGCUGUUUGACAUGUAGGUCAGUGAGGAAGAAGACAAUCUCUUCCACAUGAUUACUGAGGGAAAAGAUGAAUUGUCUGUCUAUUAGGUACAUCGAGGAACAGAUUUAUUUCUUGUCUUUUUAAAAAUGUUACUGAUGUUUUAUGUUUAAGCAUAUCAAUAAAAGCAGUAUUUUAAUUUGUACCAAGGAAUGAUCUGUGUUAUUGACUGAAAACAUGUUACGAUUUAGAUAGUGUAGGUAUGAAACUCUCUUGAAAACUUUGUUUUUAUCCCUGACUUUCCUACUGGCUUUCCAGGUCUUCUGCGGAAGAUUGCUCAAUGUGUCCGUGUCUCUGUUUCCCCCAUUUCUGAAAUGCGCAUUACAAGGGUCAUGUAUUCAGAAUCCUUUGGGAGGGAGGGAGGAGAUGCGACAGGAUGGUUUCAUUGUAUGUCUUAAACUUUUGGCUAAAAAACGAGCACAGAGAACAGCGUGGGGAAAGCCCCAUUACUCAAGGAAACCUGUAAACAAAAUAGAAAGUGAGAUUUCAUAGCACAACUGCCGUAUUUUCUCAUGUCCCUCAGAUGUGUGCAUCACUUAUGCACAAGGUAAUAAAAUAAUUGGUGUAUUUUCAAAGCAAACAUUCCAUUAUUGGUACACUUUGAAGCAACAAAAGCAUAGGAGAGGAACUGAAUGCCUUAGAAAGCUGAUAAAACAACUCUGACCCUUUUGUGUAUAAAUCACACAUUUUCAUUUUGCUCGGCGCGGUUACCUGGAAUUGCUCGUGUAAGUAUCUGUGUACCCACGUGCUUCCUGCUGCUUCGCAACCAUCUUUGACAUGAGCUGUGAAGUCCCUAGUAGAUCGACUACGGAGUCUUUUUGAAAAGGAGGUCACAUGCCAUGGAUUUGCGUGCGCUUUCAUACGUAUUGCCAUUUACUUCUGUCUCCUCAGAUUCUGCUAGCAGUAUCCAGCUUGUAACUGCUGCGGGAAAUAUUUGAAGAUGCUGAAAGGAACCCGGGAAGUCUGCGUCCUUUUUUAGCUACGGUACGUUAUGUGCUCCCCAGCCGUAGCCAGAGCCUGCACGCGUUGCUGUCCUUCCUGUGCUGUUCGAGCCCUCUGGAAACUCGUGUUCCCGAGCAGCAUAGGCUGAGAACUCUUCCUUUUAGUGAGUUAGGCCCCGCUGCUGCAUUGAUAUCAUGUUUGAGCAGCUAUGAUGCAAAGAAAGUCUGGAUUGGAUUCUCUCUUGUGUUGCUCCUCAGAUAAAACCAUGCGGGGGAAUGCUGUGCAAUUCUGCUUUAGCAAUGCUGUUAUUCAUGGUCACAAGUAAGAACGACUGUGCCAUUUCAGAGGGAAAAAAAUUACCGUUAGUAGGAUUAAUCCCAGUAGGAUUAAGCUAGCAAGAAAGUUUUUGGGUAUACCUUUUGUUUUUAUGUGAGUUCACUUCUUCACAACUUGUCUUCAGUUGAGAGGGGCAUAGUUAGUCAAAACAUCACGAAAUGCCGUGAAGAUCUAAGUAAAAGCAGGUGUUUCACUGACCUGCAGAGUGCCUUUGGACAGGGUAAACAGGCUUUCCUUAGUAUUAAGGAAAGGCUAUAGAGUACAUUGGUUUUUACUGUACCUCAAAUUAAUUUUUAUGAGCAUCAUUAAAAAUAUGGAAAGUGCUAGAAGUAAACUAGUUGCGGAGUUUCAAAUCAACAGGGAACAAAAAGGUUGAGAUAACCAGCAAAAAAUCUCUGUUCUCAAUAGUUCUGCCCUGCUUGUUCUGCAAGGGCUAUUAACAGGAUUGCCAUCUGCUGAGAGAUGAGGAGGCUUGUAGGCAUUCAUUUCUGAUUCCCCAGCCCCCGCAACUUUAUUGAUUUAGGCUCUGAACUCAUGGCAGUGAUGAAGGCUGAUUCCCUGCUGGUCUUCCCAUGUGCUGCUGUCUGAACGCUGUCCAACUCUUUGCUAGUGCAGAUGUUCUUUAAUAUUACUGGUCAAAACACUGGCACAGCAGCCGGUCCCGUAGGUGCUAGCUGAAGUAGCAUCAAUGUGUUAAGUGCUGUUAAAUGAAAUUAAAAGUGCAUCUACUCUCUAAUGUUAAUUCUCCCUAUCGAGCCAUUCUUUGAGUCUUCAGAAAUUUUACGUGGGGUGACUGCAAGCAAUCAGUGCAGUAGCAGACGUGAGCGAGGGGAAGCUCUUCGCUGUGGUGAGAUUCAAGGUGGGGUAACGCCGGGGAUUCCCGCUGUUUGGGAUGGUGUUGCAGGCACAGGGCUUGCACGUGCAGAAACAUGCGCUAGGCAUCACUGAAAUGUCGGCAGCCGCGCUCUGCAGCGCAGCCUGGGAGGGGGGAGCCGUCGCAACGCUUCAGCUCCUGUUCUAGUGCUGGUGCUAGAUCAGCAAGUAGUCUCUUCCCUAGGGAACAGGACUAAUUGUAUUAGACAGUUUUAAUACAAGAAUUUGCCGCCGAUGAAAGGUUUUGCACCAAAAUAGCUUUGCUGUUGUAAAUGCCCGGUCUGGUACAGGCAAGGACAUAAGCUGGUGUAAGGCGACAGUGAUGCGGUUCCCCCAGUACAGAAAUCCCUAAUGCCGAUGGGCUGGGAGCAGCUGAAAAGAGAAGUGCCUGGAGAUGGCUGCUGCUAAGUGGGAAAGUGGGUGGAUUUGAACCUGAAAGAGCCUAAAUGUCCUCUGCAAGCUGGUCCCAGUGCGCCUUUGCUCCCUUCCCUUCUCUCACAGACCUGGUGGACGUGUGGGUCUAAAUAUCAGCCUUUCUCUGCUGUCGCCUCAUCGUCGCCAGAUGGAAACACCCCUGACGUCUUGCCGCCUGCCGGCUGCCGAGACAGGCCGG